GCUUGUAAAAUCAUGAAUACACCAGCAACUAAUUGGGUGCUUUUCUGUUUGUACAGGUAAUUUGGCCUCUGGGGAUGUCCUCAGGCGAAAAAGCAGUCUCUAUGACGGUGGCAGGCUUGUGCUGACAGCAUUUUUACCUGAUUGUCAUCUCAUUAACAUUUAGUCAGAAUGGAUACUUUGCCGAAUGUCCUUUCUCCCGUGGGUGGAAGCGGCGAUCUUGUUGGCUCACAAACAGAAGUGCAAAAACUGUUAAUUGAUGAAAGAAUGCGAUGCGAACACCAUAAAACCAAUUACCAAACUCUAAAAGCAGAACAUACAAGGCUACUGGAUGAAUAUACAAAAUCACAAAAUGAGCUCAAACAGCUGUUACAUGAAAAGCAAACUGUUCAUGAUAAAUUUCAGUUUCUACUUGCUGAACUCCGAGGGGAAUUAUUGGAUAAAACUAGAGAAGUGGAGGAGUUAAAAAUGCAGGUAAUAACUCCGCAGAAGCUGGAAUUGCUGAAAGCACAAAUACAGCAUGAUUUAGAAACACCUAUGAGAGAACGCUUUCACAAGUUGGAUGAAGAAGUAGAAAAAUAUAGAACAGAAUAUAACAAACUUCGUUAUGAACAUACUUUCCUCAAAUCAGAGUUCGAGCAUCAGAAAGAAGAGCAUGCCCGAAUUUUAGAAGAGAAAAAAUUAAAAUAUGAUUCUGAGGUAACAAGACUGGAUAAAGAUAAAGAAGAAUUGCAUAAUCAGCUGCUUAGCAUUGACCCUACAAGAGAUAAUAAGCGUGUGGAAACACUGUUAAGAGAGAAGGCCCAGCUACUACAGAAACUAAAGGGGUUAGAAGCCGAAGUAACAGAACUACGAGCCCAGAGAGAGAAUUCUGGAAUGCAAGCAGAAAAUGUGCAAAGAAUUCAAGUGCGACAGUUAGCUGAGAUGCAAACUACGACGAGAUCCCUAGAGGCAGAAAAGCAAUCUGUGAAGCUGCAGCUUGAGCGCAUGGAAAGAGAACUGCAGUCGAGCAAUGAGCAAAAUACACUCUUAACGGGCAAGCUGCACAAAGCUGAGCGAGAGAUCAAUGUCUUGACUACAAAAGUUCAAGAACUUAAACAUUCACACAAGUUAGAAAUAACAAACAUCAAGCUGGAAACUGCAAGAGCAAAGAGUGAACUAGAAAGAGAAAGAAACAAGAUUCAAAGUGAAAUGGAUGGGUUAUGCUCAGAUAAUGAAAUACUUAAGACGACACUUGAAAGGCACAAAGUCCUUUCAAUAGAAAAGGAUCGUGAAUUAGUACGCAAAGUACAAGCUGCAAGAGAGGAAGGCUUCCAAAAACUUGCAGCAUUACAGGAGGAAAAGUUAGAAUUUGAGACCAAAUUAGCUGAACUAGAAAAAAACAAAGUGGAGCAAGAUGCUCAGAGACAAUCAGAAAAGGAUCAGUAUGAAGAGAAGUUAUCGGCUAUGCAGUUGACAGAAGAGUCCAGCAGAAGGGAAAUUCAGAAUCUUAGGCUAAAGCUUCAACUGCAUGUUUCUAAUUCUGAGGAGCUAGAAAGACAGAAAAGUGAGAAUGCAAAUCUAAAGCAGCACAUCCAUGAUUUGCAGCUCCAAGUGGCUUCACUUUCACAGUCAGAAAAUGAUUUGCUGGACUCCAGUCAGAAACUCAAGGAAAUGCUGGAGAGAUUAAAACAUGAAUGUCGGAAUGCACGAAGUCAAGCAGAGAGGGCUCAGUUAGAUUCAGAGAAGAAUUUGGAAGACAAGCGUGUAGAAUGGCUAGAAGAAAAGCAUAAACUUAUUCAGCGCAUCACAGAGAUAGAAGAGAAGAAUAACCAAAUAAAGGAAAAAUUGCAUCGAGCAGCAGUUACUCAGAAAAAGAGAAAGACACUUAAUGAUAAUAAGCAAAAGAAAUUGCUGAAGAAGAUAGAACUCUUAGAAGCCAAGAGAGAAGAACUGGAAACGGAAAAUCAAGUGUUAAAUAGGCAGAAUGUUCCCUUUGAAGAACAUAUUCGCCUUCAGAAAAGACUAAAGGACUUGCAGCGUAGACAUAAUGAAUUCCGCAGGUUAAUUCUGUUUCCCAAUAUCCCAACACUGAAUCCAGUCAGCUUAUUAUCUUCAACUUUGAUUCCUGGACCAGAGCCAUCCUUUCAUCUCCUUCAGGAGGAACAGCAUCAAAGAGAGCUUUCUCUGCUUCGCAAGCGCCUGGAAGAACUAGAAACCACACAGAGAAAACAGUUGCGAGAGCUUGGUGCCUCUAAUGAGCGAGCUCAGUCGGUAGUAAGUCCUGACUCUAAUUCCGAUAGAAAAAGGCUUGUGGAAGAGUAUGAUCUACCAUCUGGGGAUGCCAAAUAAAAGUUACACUCUAGAGCACUAGAUACUUCCCAUCCUUUGCCAAAAACACUUACACUUAGAGGUGCCUUGAAGUACAGGAAAGGUCUAAAUAUAUUUUGUAUCUUUUUGUAUUUUUUUAAUAUAUUUUUUAAACAACAUAUGACUCGAGUAAAAUUAAUGUGAAGGGGGGAAUCUAAUUUUAGAUUAUAAGAGAUCAUGUUGCACUAAAACAAAAUUCUAACAAGACCUUUAUCGAGCAUCAGCUUUUUGGAAAAAUCCCUUGGAAGAUUCCCAUUCACCAGUUUGAUAUAUCAAGUUUUCCAUCUUUCAUCAAUGCUGUGACUUUGAGGCUGGCAUCAUGCAAUUGAAAAUACUAAAAUAAUUCAAAACUAAAGUAUAUCUUUACUUGAACUCUGUCAACGUUUGUUGUGAAGACAGGUGAAAUUUUGGGAUUAUGAUUUAUGCAAUUAUCUUUAUAAAGAAAUUUAUUACCUGCACUUUAAUA